UUGUGAAAGGCUUCACCGGAAGCCGCGUCCCUCCUCAGCAUCCUCUCCUCCGGCUCGCUGCGCCCCGCACACCCCGCACGCCCCGCAGGCCCCGCAGGCAGAGCCGCUCCCCGGCAUCAUGGACGACGUGCCGCCGAUCAUCAGCAUCCAGAUCGCGCUGCGGAUCCAGCCCAACGACGGAGCCGUCUUCUUCAAGGUGGACGGAAGCCGCUUCGGCCAGAGCCGGACCAUCAAGCUGCUGACGGGCUCCAAGUACAAGAUCGAGGUGGAGGUGAAGCCCGGAACCGUGGAGGCCACGAACAUGAACAUCGGAGGAAUCGUCUUCCCUCUGGAGCAGCAGUCCAGAGACGAGGACUCGGUGGUUUAUAACGGCCAGUACGACACGGAGGGCGUCCCCCACACCAAGAGCGGAGACCGCCAGCCCGUCCAAGUCAGCAUCGAGUUCACCAAGGCCGGCACCUUUGAGACGGUCUGGCAGGCCAAGUACUACAACUACUACAAGAGGGAGCACUGCCAGUUCGGCAACAAGUUCAGCAACAUCGAGUACGAGUGCAAACCCAACGAGACCCGGACCCUGAUGUGGAUCAACAAGGAGGUGUUCAACUGAGCCAGAACCUCGGCAGGACGUGCUGUCCACUGUUUGUCUGUCCAGAACCUGCUCUGUGUUCUGUCCUACCAGCGCCGGGCUGGAACCCGCUGUUUGCUGAGCUGGUCUUCAUGUGAACUCAACCUGAUGUUCCCUGAAGACCAGGAUGGAGAACAGCUGCAGAACGGUGCUGUUUAAAAGUUCUGGUCCAGUCCUCCUUCUUUCAGGUUCUCCUUCUGAGCAGCCGGGUGUUCCUGGAACCUUUUGGUUCUCCAGGUUUGGGUCAGCAGGUAACGGGCCUGUCCAGCUCCUCCAGAGAUGCAGGUUCCUCCAGGGGGUUCUGGAUCUGCUCAGGAGAUGGAGCUCCUCCCCCUGGUUCUGAGGCAGAGCCCGGCUCCCGUACAGAACCGCCUUCCAGCUGCUCGGGUCCAGAUCUCAUGACCCUUGGAGGUAAAACCCACGAAGCUCGGAUCCACCCGUUCAGUACCAGAACCUCCGGUACCAGAACCUCCUGGUCUGGGCUGAUGUCUGGCUGCUUGGAUGGAGGACCCGGGCUGGAUGAGAACUUUUUACCAGGACUGGACCCAUUCUGGCCUGAGAAGCAGAGUUCUGAUGGUUUUCUGUGAGUUCUGCACCAGAACCACGGAGAACAGAUGGGCGUUUGUCUGGGACUAUUUUCAGCGGCGGAUGAAUCCUGUCGUCCCUGGAGGUGCUGUGAGGAAGAGGACGGCUGUUUUCUUCGUCUCGCCAGACGCCGGCGGCGCCGCUCCGUUUCUGCUCUCAUUCAUUUUGCCAAACUUGAUGUGUUGCUUCUUGUUUUGUGUUCAUCUGUAGUGUAGCGGUGAAUAAAGCAGCGUCCUGACUCUC